ACCACCGCCGUUGUUUGUCUUCUCGUCCGUCGCGGCCGACGUCCGCUCGUUCACUGUCGUCGCGUCGUCAUCUCCGUCGUCGUCGUCGUCGUCUUCUUGUUCGUGUAUCGGUCCAGAUCUCUUCGACUUCGUAUACAUAAUAUGUGUGUAUAGGUCUUCGGAGUUUAUUAUUAUUUUUUUUUCUUUCGAAGUCUUUUCCGUCGUCGUCUCUCCUCCCCAGACAACUCUCUUCACUCUCCGUCGCUACAUUCAUCGCGACCCGCGCAAAUACAACACGCGUCGGGUACGUGCAGUACGCGCUCGCGGAGAGUACCCAUACCGUCGUUUACCGUCCGCGUCGCAUCUCCUCUGUCUCGUCUCCUCCGCCGUCACUAGCAGAAAACGGUGUAGAACAUCACACUGCCGCAUCGCCACCGCCGCGUCGCCGCGUGUAACCACAGAUCCUACACCGGUGCCGGGUGGUAAUGGGUGGCCGGUGCUGCCGCCGCGAGCCGUCUGCGUCGUCGAUAUCGCGACGGACAGCAGCGUCGUUGACGACCAUCGCUCGCGGGUCCGUCGCCGUGCGCUGAGAGACGCCACGAGAGCCAGAGCCCGCGGUAGCGAUAUGCCGGCGACGAUUCGGUGCAACUGGUGGCCGUGUCGCUGGCGGUCCGUCCAACGGUCCGUUCGUCCCGUGCCGGUCGUCCCCCCGCGAAGCGGUCAUUGCGUCCCGGCGUGAUUGUCGUCGUCUUCGUCGUCGUCGUCGUCGUCGGUUUUGGCCGCGCGCGCACCGUCCACACGCGUGAUGUCGUCCCCGUCAAAGUUCGUCGCCGUGCUCUUCCUGUUGGCCGCCGUGAAAAUAAAAGAGAGCGUUCAAGGCAAAUUCGAAAGGCAACUGUUGGAUGACCUCUUAAUGGAAUACAACCCUCUGGAGAGACCUGUAUCCAACGAAUCCGAUCCACUUGAAGUUACAUUUGGUAUCACACUACAGCAGAUAAUAGACGUGGAUGAAAAAAAUCAAAUCGUUAUAACAAAUGCUUGGUUAAACAUGGAAUGGGUAGAUUACAAUAUGAGAUGGAACAUUUCCGAUUAUGGUGGUGUCAAGGAUCUCAGACUCAAUCCAAACCGGCUAUGGAAACCAGACAUACUCAUGUAUAACAGCGCUGACGAGAAAUUUGAUGGUACUUAUCAAACUAAUGUGGUAGUAAGGCACAAUGGUACAUGCCUGUACGUGCCACCUGGUAUUUUCAAAAGUACAUGUAAAAUCGACAUUACAUGGUUCCCAUUUGAUGACCAAAAUUGCCUUAUGAAAUUUGGUAGUUGGACAUACAACGGUUUUCAGAUUGAUUUAGUGCUCAAAUCAGAUGGAGGCGAUCUAACAGACUUUACAACGAAUGGUGAAUGGUAUUUGUUAGGUAUGCCUGGAAAAAAGAACGUGAUAACUUACGGCUGUUGCCCAGAGCCAUAUGUGGACAUCACGUUUAUUAUAAAGAUCAGACGGAGGACGUUGUAUUAUUUCUUCAACCUGAUCGUGCCAUGUGUACUUAUCUCGUCGAUGGCUCUACUGGGCUUUACACUACCUCCGGACUGUGGUGAAAAGCUUACACUAGAAAUAACUAUACUACUGUCACUAACAGUAUUUCUGAAUCUAGUCGCCGAGUCAAUGCCAACAACGUCCGAAGCGGUUCCCCUUAUAGGAGUGACCAUCUUGCUAUCACUGACAGUGUUCCUGAAUUUGGUGGCGGAAACGCUUCCACAAGUCUCCGACGCGAUACCCUUGCUAGGUACUUACUUCAAUUGCAUCAUGUUUAUGGUGGCUUCGUCGGUAGUACUCACGUUGGUGGUACUUAACUAUCAUCACCGAACAGCUGACAUACAUACAAUGGGACCAUGGGUUAAGUGUUUUUUCCUGCUAUGGUUGCCAUGGAUCUUGUGUAUGCAAAGGCCAGGUAAAGACAUAUCGUUCAAAGCCAUCAGAAGUAGAUAUACAGAUCGAAAAGGCAUAGAACUCCGAGAGCGAUCAUCAAGAAGUUUAUUAGCCAACGUUCUUGAUAUCGAUGAUGAUUUUCGAGCAAGUGUCCUCUCACACCGCGUAUACAACAAUGGAGCUGCCAGUUCUUCUUCAACGGCGUCUGAGUCAAGAAGCGUCUGCACCUACUCGGCUAGAGAAUUGCAACUAAUACUACAAGAAGUACGAUAUAUCACUGAUCACAUGCGAAAGCAACAGGAUGACCAAGAAGUAAUCAACGACUGGAAAUACGCAGCGAUGGUAGUAGACAGAUUCUGUUUGAUAGUGUUCACUUUUUUCACACUAGUCGCUACUGUUGCCGUAAUGUAUUCAGCGCCUCAUAUAAUUGUUGAGUGACUUAGACAUUGUAUUCACUUCUUGGAUGUCCAUAUGGUAGUCAUGAAUUUGUUAAAUAUUUAUUUCAGAGUGUAUGAGUUGUUUUGAAAUAUAAAAAUAGAAGUUUUUUUUUAUAAUACCGUAAAAAAAUCGAUGAAGAGCUUAGAAAAAAAUUCUAUGAUACACAACGCAUUUACAGGGUGUUAAAAAGAUCAUGGGCCAAGAAUGAGUCCUUCUAAAUAAUUAAAUUACAGUGUUUUAAUUUUAAUCAUCCAAAAUACACCCUGUUUUUAUUUUUAAUA